AUGGACUCCUCCACGUUCCCGUACAUCGGCGCCGAGACCGCGGUGGAGACGAAAGACGGUCGCGUCUUCGUCGGCGCGCUUCGAUGCGUCGAUAAGCAGCGGAACGUCGUCCUGAGCAACGCCGCGCAGUACGAUGGGUGGGACGCCUUCGCGCGGCGUCGCGACACGCGCGCCGCCGCCGCCGCCGCCGACGCGCCGCCGCCGCCGACGAUCAACAUGAUCCUCGUCGGCGUCGACGCGCGCGUUCGGUGCGAGGUGAACGCGCGCACGGUCGUCGCGCCGACGGCGACGACGUGA